UGUAAUCGAAACGGGAAGAUUCGACCGAGGCUGCACACGCUGCAAAAUGACAGCGCGGCUCCAUGACUCGCGCCGUGUAUGUGCUCGAGGACGACACCACAGCGACACGUGGCGACGUUGAGCAUCAUUGUUCACGACGCCGCUGAUACGUCUUGUCGCUGCAUGCGGCGAAACACGUAGCCUGCGAUGGCGAGGCUGGCGCGCGCCGAGCGAAUGCACUGCACGACGAUCAUGGUGGGGAUGUCGGUCAAGAAGGUACAGCAUCUCCGUUUUGGCGCAUCCAUGCCAGCAGGUCGCGUCGCGACGGAUGUGGGAGGCCGACAGCAUACACCCAACUUCAUUGUCCACUGCUUCUUGUCGUCGAAUGCACGUGUUCCAUCGGGGUCGACCGCGCCACGGACCCCCCCCCCAUCAAGCUGCUUUUUCGCGGCGUCCCGCGACCGGAGCAUGCGCUAGUCUCGCCCACAUGUCGCUGGACCAAGCAUUGCAUCCUGUUGGAUUGGUUAAAAUCAUGUCAUUUUCGUCCACUCAUUGUGCGCCAUUCCCGACGCAGCCCAGAUCGUCACCUGCGUUCGUGGCAGCGUCGGGCUCCUCCGCGAUGUCUCACGUUGAAAGGAGACAGAUUGUGUUGACCAGAGGUCUGACCAAGGCAUGGGCAAGUUUAUCAUUGUGGGUGGUGGUCCCGUGGGGUGUUUGGCAGCGCUGCAGCUGGCGCAUCAGGGCCACACGGUCACGGUCUACGAAGGCCGGAGCUACAUUCCAACCGACCCGAGCGAGAGCUAUCCCAUCGGAGUGAACCCGCGAGGGUUGCAUGCGAUCGAGUCCGUUGCGCCUCAAGUCGCCCAACGUAUUCGGUCGGAAGGACACGUCGUCGAUGCAUGGGAAAUCUACGCUGGUCGUCGUCGUGUCGCCAAGCUCGAGUCGGGGGUCGUGUACGGCACGUCCCGCGGCAACGUGAACUUGCAUCUGUGGGAAGCAUGCCAAGGACACCCCAACAUUGAAGCGCACAUGCGCCACAAGCUCAAGUCGAUGGAUUUCACCGCGAAAUCGCUCACGUUUGAAGUGGUUUUCCCCGACACGUCGCCGUCCGAGGUGAUCGUCGACGCGAGCGAAGCACGGGUGGUGGGAGCCGAUGGCGUGCACUCCACUGUCCGCGCCAGUAUGCAGCGAGCCGACCCUUCGUUCUCGGCAAAGGUGACGCCAUGGGCAAAUGAAUACCGUGUUCUGUUUGGGGCUGUCGGGCAGCUCACGGCAGAACUCGACCCCGCCGUGCACUACAUUUUUAGCGGGGGGUACACAGCCACCAUCGACAACGGCGGCACCAAGCAGUGGACGUUGGUGACCACCGUUCGGGACUCGGAUCCCGACGACAGCGUGUCGCAGCUCGUCCGAGAGACGGACGCGAGUGCCGACAACGUGGCGAAAUUGAAGGCGUGGAUUCAGUCCAUUGCGCCGCAGUUCCUCCAACUUUUGCCGCCUGGCGAGCUCGAGCGGUACUUUGCCCGCCGCACGUACCGCGGCGCUGUCGUCGAAUGCACCAAGUUUGACGUCCACGAGUGGGUUGUACUGUUGGGCGAUGCCGCGCACUCGGUGCUUCCUCCCACUGGCGAGGGCAUCAACAGCGGGCUAGAGGAUACCCUUGUCUUGGCAUCGUGCACUGGCGGUACCUGUGACGCUCCGUUUGCCGCUUACACGAAGGCGCGGCUCCCCGACAUCUCGUCGAUUCUAGUUUACGCCAACCAUUUGAAUGCCAGUCCGUCGUUUGCGGGCGAGCGCGUGGCAAGGCUCGUCUUCAUGCUUGCCGAAAGCUCGUCCAACGAAAGCAUCGGCCAGAGUUUGUUUGGUCCGCUUGGCAUCCACCACUGGCCGUACAAGGCCAUCGUCGACAAAUGGGCAAGGCGACGGCUCUUCUGGCUCAACGCGGCGCGACUUGUGACGUAUCCGCUGUCGGCAAUCGCGUGGGUUGUGAUGCUGCCGCUCCAGGUGUGUCGACCCAACGCGAAGAAAGGUGCUCGAACCGUGGUCAUUCAAGGCGUGGUGUAGCAUGGCACGUCAAUGCGAACGGUGGCUGGAAUGGUCAUGCGAAUGCCCGUAACUAGUUUGUGCCGAUGGCACGGGGGGGGGCUCGACUCGAAUCCACGGACGCAACUAUUCCGCACAAGUCGUCGCCGGUUGGGUUGGCGAUGACCGCGGCCUGUGCGACAUACGUCCGCGAUCGAUCCUUCAAUGGGUAUCUGCGUUUGUCCAGCGCGUCGAGAGCAGGCGAGAAAGCAGGUCUUAGCGUAACGUGGUCCUUGCAGAAAGGUUUUACGUUUCGAU